AUGUCACGGGCGAAUCUCAUGUCAGUAACCAGCACUGCAUGGCAGCCUGGAACCUUCUCGGAGCUUUCUGACCUCUCGUUUCGGAGCGAUUUCAACCCGAUGGAGGAGCCAUCGCACAACGACCCGCUAGGCUCAUACGUGACAGCAGCGCGGGGGCACGGGGGCGAGUCGUCUGCUUGCACUGAGGACGAGGUUACAGGGCCUCUCAGAGAGCACGUGGGCGCGGAUAGUGCCUCCCGGGAGGAUAUGUGCUCUGAUUCACUGGGUGGGACGAGCAGUGGAGCAGUGGGAGAGAGGGGAGACCGGGGAGAGGGAGAGGGAGAGGGAAGGGGGAAGGAGAGGGGGGACGAGGGGGAGAGUGGGGAGGUGGAGGGAGGAGAGAAGAAGGGAUGGGAGGGGGGCAGGGCUGGUGGAGGGGGGAGGGAGGGGCAGGAGAGGGGAGGGGAGGAUUGUGUGGCUGUGAUGCUCAGUCGUGGGAGUGCAGGCGGGCAGGAGUUGAAGCAAGGGCAGGAGAGGAAGGAAGGGCAGCAGAAGCUGCCAGUGGAAGGGCCGAGACAAGCGGAGGAGUUGAGAGCAGCUGAGCAGGUUAGGGCAGCAGAGGGGCUGAGAGCAGCAGAGGAGCUGAGACAAUCUCUGCCCCAGCUCGACUUAUCUCUAGCAAUGUCACACGGCCUAGAGGACUCACACGGCCGGGGGGGUCCAGACGAAGCGGAUGGUGUGCUGGCAGUGCAGCAGCAAACAGAACAGCAGGCGGAGCGGCAGGAAAUGCAGCAGAGAGUACAGCAGGGAGAGCAGCAGGCGGCAGUGGGUGGUGAGAAAAUCGGUAGGCCUUCCUCCCCUGCAAUGCUGAAGCAGGGUCACAACACGCCAGGGCAGGCCACCGUACCCAGCCGGCCUGCUGGGCUCUCCCCCUCUCCCCGCCGCCAUCGCGAGUCCUCUCCUGCCCGCAAGAAGCGGAUUCUGAAAGAGAGCUUUGUACUUCCACGGGAUUUGUCACCCUCUGCCCGCAUGCAACCAGGUGCAGCAGCAGCAGCAGUGACAGGAGCAACGGCCGCUGCAGCAGCAGCAGCAGCAGCAGCAACACCAGCACCGGCAGUGGUGACGGCAGCGGCAACAGGACCUGCAGCAGCCCUCUCUUCUCCCUCCACUGCCACUCAAAGCCCGUCCCCCUCCCUCCCCUCCCCCUCCCGCCGCUCCGCCUCCCCCUCUUCCUCCUCCUCUGCCCGCCGAUCCCACCACCUACCUUCCCGAAUCAUCCACUCGAUCAGCCAAUCAGCUAUCUCCGUUCCUGGACCCGUCUCAUCCCCCUCCUAUCACAGCUUUGAAGGGCCCCUCUCAGGGAAAGCAGGGGAGGGGCAUAGGGUUACCCGCACCCCCUCUCAUGGGAGUGAACAGAGAGCAGUGGGGAGUGAGAGGAGUGAGAGUGAGAGCAGAGGAGGGGAAGGUGGGUCGGGGAGGGCGCCGACUCUUUCCCCUCGGCCGCCUGGGAUUGUCAGCAGCAAGUCGGGCAGCUGGGUGAACAGCAGCGAGGGCGACUUUUCUGGGCGGCAGCACCCGGGCAGCUUUGAAGGUUUUGGGCAGGAGGGGAGGUUUGGGAGGCAGGGGAGUGGAGCGUUGCACAGAGGGGGGAGAGGGAGCGUGAGCACCAGUCGAGCAUCGGUUGGGGGAGGAGGGGUUGGAGGUUCAGUAGUGGGGUUAGGAGGAGUGGGGAGGGUUUUGAGUGGUGGGGGAGGGGUGCCGGUGGGGAGGAGUGGGUCGGGAGGGAGCUUGUUUGCGAGUGGAGUGGGAGGGGUGAUGUACCCUUCUGGAGGGAACGUCUUGGCCCUGCUACAUGACAGCACUGACAGCUUUGUUGGCCAAUCCGGGGACCUCAAGCGACAGCAGUGGGAGGCAGAGCUACAGCAGGAACUGGCAUUGCAGCGAGGUGCGUGUGUGUAA